CAAAAUAAAAGGAAAAAAGAAAUACCUCUGAAAAACAACCAAAGCCAAACACCAAAACCUAAAAAUGGCCAUUUUCCCCAAGUAACAUUAAAAUACAUGCACUUUUUCAUAGAUCAGUCAAGCUCAAAUUUGUGUCGUAUAAAACAUAUAAAUUGUCUUUUUCUACAGGUGACUUCACUUUUGGAUGAUAUGGAAAGGUAUUACCAAAGAAAAGAAAUCAAAACAUUAUUUUUUCUAGUUUGAAUAUAAACCUCAAGUUAUUAUAAGUCAUUCUUUUCAGAAAUGUUCCUUGGUCCAGGUACAGCUCUUUGUAAAGAAAACCAUUAAUUCAGCGUAAUCUUUUAGUAAAUGAGUAAGAUGGAAAAUAAUACAGGUCUUGUGCCAAAAUGGAGGGGUACUUUGAUAAUAAAGGCAUGAAGCUCAACAUGUACCAUUUGAAAGGACAUGACAGAAAACAUGACAUACCUAAGAGACUUAUGCUCUUGUAUAGCCUUGGCUAAUAACCUAAACUAAAGCCAUUUAAAAGAUCUUAUUUCUUAGUGGCUUUAAAAAAAUAAGUUGUUAUGGUUAUGGUUUUGUUUAAAUCAAGUCAUCCAGCUGUCAGUAGAAAUCUCAGAUGUUCAGCCUUGUGGAAGGAUUUAAAGGCAACACUUCAACAAUAAUCGGAUUAGAAGGACUUGCAUAGCUACGUGGUCUAAAAACCAGAUAAAAGAAACUGGAGUUCAGAUGUGCCUCAAAGAAAGGCAGUGAGCUGUAAGGUGCAGAACCUGAGGCUGAUUUUGACAAUUACCUGAAGUAGGGAUGCCUGCAGAUUUCAAUGGUUACUGGAAAAUGAUCAGCAAUGACAAUUUUGAGGAGUAUCUCAAAGCACUGGAUGUAAAUGUUGCUGUAAGAAAAAUAGCAAACUUGCUAAAACCUGACAAAGAAAUCCUUCAGAAUGGAGAUCAUAUGAUUAUUAAAACGCUAAGCACUUUUAGGAACUACAUCAUGGAAUUUGAUGUAGGAAAGGAGUUUGAGGAGGAUUUAGCUGGGGUGGAUGAUCGCAAAUGCAUGACCACAGUUUCUUGGGAUGGAGAUAAGUUACUUUGUGUACAGAAAGGAGAAAAAGAAGAUCGUGGUUGGACUCAGUGGAUUGAAGGAGAUGAAAUGCAUCUGUUAACAGGAUCUGAAAGAAGAUGCCUAUUCUUUUUUUACAUAGCUCUUCAUAGCAUACUCAUCAUAUAGGAUAAAAUGCACUCUUCCUGCUGAGAUAAUAAAUCCAACUUUAAUUUCAUUCCUGUGCUCAGUACUGUUAGCAUUCAACACUCUAAAUUAAUAUUCUCUAAAUAUCCAAAUCAGAAACUGUUAUAAAUGAAAUCUUUGCAAAAGUACCCUAAGCCUCUUAAUACUAAUUAAGAAAUAGUAGAGGUCCCAGAAACAAGUAUGGGGAAGGAAUGUAUGUGAUAGACCUUGCCAUCUGGACUACAUACUUGAUGUAACCAAGGAUGGAAGUAAAUUUACAGUUGCGGUCAUGGCCUCAACAGAAGUAGAGGUGAAGAAAUGAAAACGAGACUGCAGAAUUUCCUGUGUAUAUGUGUCACAGUUUCAAGUGCAACAGGAGAAGGGAGCCCCUUCCUCCUUCUUUCAAGGAAAAGGAAAGAAAAAUGAUCCAACUAAGAAAGGAGAGAUUACAAAUUUAGUACAAAUGUUAAAAGAAUGUUAAGACAAUAGUAAGAAAGUGAGUUUCAAUUAAUAAGUCAAAUGGGAGAGAGAGGAAGGCUACCAUCACUGCUGGAACCUGGAAGUGCCUCAUCCCUGUCACCUGGAAUUAGAGAUCAUGUGGGGAACUAUGGAAGUUCUUGGGAAUAGCAGUUUUCUCAGAGUUGGAACUCAUAUGAAACUGCUAAAGAGCAGAGGAUCAGGAGUACAGCUCCACAGUGCACCGUGCCUCCGCAACUAACAGCCUGCUGCAAGAUGAAUACUGAUAAGAGCAGGACAAAACAUUCCCUAAUUCUGCACGUAAACACUAGAGCAGUUCCACACUACCUCCCAGAUUAACAGCACUUGGUGCUGUGACCCCAAGUCAUUUCAGAAUCUGCUAGCAAAGAGGUUGCAAUUAGCCACGCUGUUUCUGACCUUGAAGCUCAGCUUAUUCCUUGCUGCUCUUAACCCGCAUAAAGCGAUGGCACUAGUUGCUCUCAGAUUUCUUUGGCCUCCAUUUUGGAAAGUCCAGGUUCUUGUCCCCCUGCAAUCUUUCUCUCUUUCUAUUUACUACUCCCAACACUUUUUGUUCUUUUCAGUCUAGACUUCUGCUGUCUUUACUCUGACUCAUGCACUAGCCAAUACAACCUGGCCAUGAACCUGCAGGCCAGACCAUUUUUUAUGCUUAAACCUGUCAAGAGUCAUAUCUGAGAAGUCAUAAAUUUAGAUUCUGGUGUCACUGUUGUCUAGUGCUACUUUAGGUACCCUAACAUAACCUGACUGAUCUGAUGCUUUUGCUUCAAAAGGCUGUGAAGAGAACUAUGUCAUACCUGCCAGCACAUACAGGUAUCCAUGCACUAACUCACACUUGUACAAUUCACCGUGAUCUGCCCAUCAUGUUCCCAAAAGCCUGUACAGUUACUUCAUGCAAAAGAAGUACCCAAAUAUUUUAGAAGCCAGUCCCCAAUGUUUUAUCACAUUUUAUAUUUCAUGAACUUAAAAUGAUGUCCUCUUUAUUCCUCUGAAUCCUCAUUAAUAUAACUCUCUCCAUUACACAUGCAGUGAAAUAGUUCCAUUUAGUAUCUUACUUUUGAUCAGCCAAGAUUACUGGGCCCUGUACUCCUGAGAGUACUUUGAUACAAUGGGCAGUUACCUCUAAAAAAUUGAUACUUCAAUGGUUUUAUGAUGCUAUUGAACUUUACACAAUGAGCCAAGUGUUAAUUUAAUUCCUUCCAUGGUUCUGUAGAAAGUAGUACUACAUCCUUUAGUAGUUUGUCACUUCCUAUUUUUACCAUUUCAAUCUAUGAUCUGCACUUUGUAGUUCUUUUUCCUCCUUGGAUUCUGUUUUAUGUGAGUGACUUAUUUGACCAUUCUCCAUUUCCUUUUGAGUUUUAUUGCCAUUUUCUAUUGUAUUGAUUGCUUCUGCUCUGCAGGUUUUUAUCUCUGUCAGCAGAUCUCUUUGGACUUACUGCACAGUCUUUCUUUUGGGUUCCCUAUACAUACAGUGAACAAAACCAGUCCCAACUAAAAUCAUGGUACCAGUCUGCUUGUUUCAUCAAUUCAUCACGAAGCACCUUUUUACAACAGACUGGUAACACAUGCCAAUAAGGUUAUUGAGCCAGUGUAAGUUCUUCUUAAUAGGUCAUUUUAACACUUAUAAAGAAAUGUAAGGAAAUGUGCACAACUUCCCAGUUAACUGUACCUCCUAUUCCCUCAAAAAUAUUCUGACAAAUUUAUUUAAGUCUUACCUCGAAAUAGGAAGUCCAGUCUUUCUGCUGCAUCAUAUAUAAUCUUUGUCUAUACAUUCCUUAAGAAGUUCCACCAAUUUUCUUCUUCCAGGAAAACCAGUCAGCAUCUCCACAAACUCCCACAAAAUCUGUGCAAAACAAGUGUAAUGUCAACACCUUCAGUAAUAGAGAAGAUUAAACUGCAUCUUCAGUGAUGUUAGGUGAACAAUAGUAGGUCUCAUAAAUCAACGUACAUUUUUAUAAGCAGUUAAAUAUAACAAUUAUUAGCAUGCAAAGAUUUCUUAAAACCUAUUAUGGGACACAGAAGACCAGUGGGCAGCGUUAGGCAUCUAAUACGGUCAAGUUCAGUUAAAGCUCACUAGCUGUGCUGUGGUUUAUAGACCUAGUUCAACUCUUGAAUGCAAUUAACUGUCCCAUCCUACCCAUGACCAUUGGUUUGCUAGAAUGGGCUGUUGGCGCUUUUCUGGGUUUGUAAAUUUGAACUACUGAUUAUCAACAUAAAGGCUCAGAAUUUGUUGCUUAGAUCCAUUCCAAAUACCUUGUUUAUACGUCCAAAAUAGAAAAUGCUCAUUUCAAAGACCUAAGCAGUUGCACACACAAAUAAUCAAUAAUGCCCCUGGAACACAUUUGGUCUUCUAAGAUCUGAGAUACCCAAAUAACUUCUCUUACUCCACCUUUCUCCAGGAAAUAAGCACAAACCAAGUGGUACUAUUGGGAUUAAAAACAGACUAAAUUAUGUACAAUCUAUACAAUCUAAUUUGAUAAGAAAUUCCAUAUUGAAAUUAAUCUCCACAUACGAAAGAAUAUAUAAUGCACAUGUCCUAUGUAAAAGAUGCCAUUUUAAAAUUAUUUUUUCUUCCUAGGAAAUAAGAGUGUGUGGAGUCAAAUGUAAGCAGGUCUUUAAGAAGGUACAGUGAGCCUACUGCUGAUACAGAAGUGAAGAAUUGCAGAAUGUACAGACUUGCCACCAAAUCUCCAAGCACUAGUAAUGAACAUCAUCCACAAUGAGAGUUAAUACAGAGAUGAAGAUUAAAUUAGAACUGCAUAGUCAAAAAUAUUUUAACAAAUUGUUUUGAAUAAAUAAUUGCAAAUAAAACCCUAUUAAAGUUACUAAACUCUAUAAAUGGGUGUGUACCAUAAUUCUUGACUACAUCAAAACUGAGGCUGUUUGGUAAAAAACAAGAUACUGUAGUUAAAGGACACGUGAGCACAUAUUUUACUUACAAUGAAAAUCACCUUUCCAUAGCCUUAACAAGGGUCAUUAAUGUAAUAUUGUUUCCAGGCAAUGAAUUGUUGUAGGGAAGUGAAUGAGAACUGCAGUGUGUGACCAACAGGAAACUCUCAUCUCACUGAAGACAGUGAGAAUUUU